CGUAGGCACCACCACUGCGUCAUUUCUGUGCGCCGGAUGUUCCACUACAACGUGUUGAAGGAAAAUUCACGUGUGGAAAUUUUCAUCUUACAGCACCUUGCCAUAACAAGUUUGAUCCAGAAGUAUUAGGUUUAACGUCUGUUCGUGUAGCUUGGAGUUAUGGGUCGGAAGUUGGAUCCCACCAACAAGGUGAAGAGAGGGCCUGGGAAAAAAGCCAGGAAACAGCAGGGAGCAGAGGCAGAGUUGGCCAAGUUCAUAACUGAUGAGGAAUCUGGACCAAAACGUCUGUCAAGUAGAUCCAGGAAAAGAGCUGCGAAGAGAGUCCAAAAUUUGACAAAGCCUAAAGAUGUUGCACAGAAACAGCCCAAGAAAGGAUUCACUGAUGAGAACAGUAAAUGGUUGAAACCGGCAACAAGGAAGCGGAAGAUCAAUGAACAGGAAAGUGAGGACGACAGCGAUGAACACUGGGAGGAAGAAGAAGAUUAUGAUGAAGAAGAAGGGGAACCACAGCAAAAGAAGGGAGGAAAAGACCAAGGAAAGAAGGGUGUGAAAUUAGUGAAAAAAAAGGAGGAAGAGGUAGAAGAGGAGGAGGAGGAGGACGACGACGACAACAUUGAAGAUGGAGAUGACGACAGUGACGAUGAUGAAGAAGAAAUGGUUGAUGACUACGGUGCACUUGAUGAUGGAAGUGGAGAUGAAGCAGAAGAAGACAGUGAAGGGGAGGAUCUUCUUCCCAUUGAACGAGCCGCCAAGAAAGAUAAAAAGCUGAAAGAAUCCAUGGCUCUGGAGAGUGAUGAAGAUGACGAUGAGGAGGAGGAUGAUGAUGAUGAUGAUGAUAAAGAUGAACAGAAAUCUGAUGAUGAUAUGGAGGAGAAAGACACAUUACAAAGCAAUAUAGAUGACAUGGACAAAUUCACACUCCCCGGGGCAGAGGAGGGUAUUGUGCCUCUAGACCUGAAGACUGUCUAUCAAAGAAUAAAGGACAACGUUGAUGUCCUUUGUAAUUUCUCUGAGAAAAGGGAACCAGGGAGGGAUAGAACAGAGUACCUCUCUCUUCUGAAGAAAGAUCUCUGCACCUAUUACAGUUACAACAACUUUCUAAUUGAGAAAUUAAUGGACCUCUUCCCUCUUUCUGAGCUGAUUGAUUUCCUGGAGGCAAAUGAAAUUCAGAGGCCUGUCACUAUUCGGACCAACACACUGAAGACGAGGAGGCGGGACCUGGCGCAGGCUUUGAUCAACAGAGGAGUGAAUCUUGAUCCACUGGGGAAAUGGUCUAAAGUGGGGUUGGUCAUCUUUGACUCAUCAGUGCCUAUAGGUGCAACCCCAGAGUAUCUGUCCGGUCAGUACAUGCUACAAGGAGCCUCCAGCUUCCUGCCAGUGAUGGCACUCUCUCCACAGGAAGGAGAGUUAGUGUUGGACAUGAGCUCUGCUCCAGGAGGCAAGACCACCUAUAUGGCUCAGCUAAUGAGAAACACAGGAGUCAUAGUGGCUAAUGACGCCAAUGCUGAAAGACUGAAGAGUGUGGUUGGAAACGUCCAUCGCCUGGGGGUCACCAACACUGUGAUCAGCAACUACGACGGCAGGCAGUUUCCAAAGGUAAUGGGAGGGUUUGAUAGAGUGCUGCUUGAUGCACCGUGCUCAGGCACAGGAGUCAUUGCCAAAGACCCGGCUGUGAAGACCAGUAAGGAUGAGGCAGAUAUCCAGCGCUCUGCUCACUUGCAGAAAGAACUGAUUCUGUCUGCCAUUGACUCUGUCAAUGCUAUGUCCGCCUCAGGAGGAUACCUGGUCUACUGCACAUGUUCAAUAACGGUGGAGGAGAACGAAUGGGUCGUGGACUACGCUUUAAAGAAAAGAAACGUGAAAUUAGUUCCUACUGGACUUGACUUUGGCAAGGAAGGCUUCACCAGGUUCAAAGAACGUAAAUUCCAUCCUUCCCUGCGUCUCACGCGACGGUUUUACCCUCACUCACACAACAUGGACGGGUUUUUCGUGGCCAAGCUGAAGAAGUUCUCAAAUGUAGUUCCAACUGCACCAGCAGGCAAAGAAGAAGAGAAUGCAGAGGCUCCUGAAGCGACAAUAGCUGCCGAGUCUCCUAAAGGGAAACAGUCCAAAGACGACAAGACAAAGAAGACGGUUCCUGGUAAGGCAGCUGGCUUAAAGCAAAAAACUGAAGCCAAUGGAACAGUAAGCAAGAAAAUGGCAAACAUCAAGUCAAAAGGCAAAACUGACUUACCCGCUGGACCAAAGAAGGCAAAGAUCGCCAAGUUGGAUGGAAAAACUGUGAAAGAGACAGGGGCCAAGAAGCCUUCCGUGGAGACAACCGAUGAGACGAAAGCUGUCAAAAAAGAAGGUAGCAAGUUUGAGAAAAAGCAGGUCAAAAAAACGGAUAGACCCAAGAACAGAAUGGGAAAGAAUAAAUUCAAGAAGCUGAAGCUGAUGUUGGAGAAACAAGAAAAAAACUGAUGUCGUGGACAGUGCGUUAAAACGUCUAGAUUACAUUAGACACUUUUUAUGUUUGACCUUCAGCCACAUCUCUAUCAAAUGAAUUUUCAGGUUGUGUGCUCCGUUGUCUUUUCAGAGCAGUAUAUAGUGAUUGUGCAGAUGGAUUGAACUUGUCCUGCUUAACCUGUUUUUUUUUAUUAUUAUUAUUAUUUGUAUCACAGAAUAUUCAUUAUGUUUGUUGAUUUACUGCAGGUUGAGACCGCUUCCAUAAAUCUGUGAAGAAUAAUAAAUUUUAAUUUUUCUCAUCA